AUGCAAAGAUAUCCUCUACCCAUAACCAUGAUUCUCACAUGCUCGAGAAAUGGAAAUUUUAUUUCUGACUUUUGGCAAUGGACUGAUUUACCAAGUUAUUUUGUUGCUUUAGCUUUGUUUACUGCAGCAGCAUCCAUAAUAACAGCCAUCUUUAUUCAAUUUAAUUGGUUUAUUGAUGCAUUAGGUUUAUGUUCAUUGUUAAUUGAAGCAUGCUUGGGAUUACCACAAUUGAUAAGAAAUUUUAAAAGAAAAUCAACUAUAGGAAUGAGUGUAACAAUGGUUUUAGGGUGGUUUGCAGGUGAUGUUGGAAAAACAAUAUACUUCAUAGUUAAGAAGACACCGUUCCAGUUUUACGUCUGCUCCUCCCUUCAAAUAACUAUUGAUAUUCUUAUACUACUUGAAGUAUUUAUAUAUAGGAAAUCAACUUCACAAACAUCCCAUGCAAGUAGCAUUUCAUCAAAAUCUAGUUCAAUUGUGGAUUUACCUGAGACAAAUGAUUUAAGAUUCAAUUAA